AACAAAUUUAUUGAAAUGGGAUUUGAUGUGGAUAAUUUUGUGACUACAAUACGCGAUGAGAUGCGCUGUGAAUUGUGUAGGGGGGUCCUGGAUAACCCGCUUAGGACCACGUGCAGUCACAUCUACUGCUCAGGUUGUAUCCUCCCCUGGGUGGUCAGGACAGGAAAGUGCCCCAGGGGCUGUCAGCGCCUCACCCCCGAGGACCUGGGUAACGAAAUAGAAUUAAGGGAUUGUAUCUUGAAUCUGAGUGUUCUAUGUGAGUUUAGAAGCCGAGGUUGUAAGAGAUUUGUUCGUCUGCGAGAGGUGGGGCUCCAUAGUACUGAAUGUGAGUACAGACCCGUCCCUUGCACAAACGAGGGCUGUAAACUGGUUCUCAACAUCAGGGAUUUAGAAAAGCACGUGACUGGAAAUUGUCCUUAUAAGGAAGUUGGGGUCUGUCUAAAGGGAUGUAGUCUCGUUUUAUUGCAAAAAACUGUAGAUUCACACGAAUGUAUAUCAGCUUUAAGAUCCUACAUUGCUGGACAGGAGAACAAAAUAAAUACCAUGGAAACGGAACUUCAAAUGGCCAGUCUGAAAGCAGUAGAAAGGGAACAAGAGUUGACGAGUCAAAUUGCUGCUCUACGUAGUGAAAACCAGCAUCAAGCGCUUGAGUUUAACAGGAAGUUAAAUGAAAUUUCGACGAAGUUGAAAAAACGCGGCAAAGGUGUGAAUGUCGCCACGAACACGGAGGAUGCUGUAUGGAGGAUAGUGGUGGUCACUCUAUACAGACAGGACGGCUCACUGGGCUUCAACAUAAUGGGGGGAUACACGCCGGAGCCCAACAACAAUGAGGCAGGGAAAGAGGAAGAUAUGACUGGAGGGGUCGUUGUUUCCAAGGUAACAGAGGGCAGUCCCGCAGAAAAAAUUGGUCUGAAGAUUCAUGAUGUCAUUACUCAGGUAAAUGGUCAGGAUUUGUCACAAGCUAGUCACGAGGAGGCAGUGGAGGCAUUCCGAGCGGCGUCCGAGCCGAUCACUGUAGAGGUCCUCAGACGGGUCAGUAAGAAUAAGAUGAAGAAUACUCCACCCAAUAUGGUGUCCACAUCAACCCAGACAGAGGAGGAACUGUAUGGGAGGCCACCCACCCCUCCCUUCUUCACCUACCCCCCAGGAUUGUACCAGCCUGGAACUCGACGGCCACUGGCGUUCUCUCCGAGCACGGACAUGGGCCUGACGGAUAUAGAAAUGGCUCACAAUCUAGAUUACGAUGAUCCGUACUUUGAUGACAGAAUCGGAUAUGAAAUGGAAUACGAGGAGGUUAUUUUACACAGAUCAGUGGACAAUCAGAAGCUGGGCCUGACCCUGUGUUACGGAUCUCUGGAGGAUGAAACCACAGACAUCUUUAUCAGUGAGGUUGAGGCACAAAGUGUAGCAGCACAUGAUGGAAGAAUUAGGGAGGGAGAUCAGGUUCUACAGGUGAAUGGAGUAGAUGUUAGAAGUCGGGACCAAGCCAUACAGCUAUUUUCAGAAAGAGGCUCCGAAAUCAAGCUUCUACUGGCACGUCCACAGUUACAGCUGGAUGAUGGUUUUAUGGAAGAUCAGAAUGUGACCUUGGAUGACCUUCAUAUGGAUAUUCUGGAGAAGCAUCACCGUGACAACAUGCAAAUCAUGGCUUCCAUGUUGGCUCGGGGACACAUGGAUGAAGAAGGGGGGACAACUGAUACCAAACACGAAAAAGACAGCGGUGUUGGGCGAACAGACGAAAGCACGAGGAAUGACGAGAGCUCCGAACAGGACCCUUUUGACACAGAGUGCACAAAUUCUCCUGCGGCGACUUCAAAGUUCCGACGUAAGGAGCAAAAUUACAGUGACGACAGUGUUUUGUCAAAUGAAGUAACCGACGUAACUGAUUACGGCAAUGAAUGUGACAGUUUCAGAGCUCAUAUAGAGAGUCGUUAUGUAAAUAAUGCUAUGGAAUGUUCCCCUCAGAAGGGCUCAGUCAGAAAAGACUCGGUGAGCAGCAUUGAGCGUGAGCUCGCUCUACUCAACAAAGAAAUGGAAACCAUUCACAUGGAGUGUCAAGAAAUGUGUGAUAAACAUGCAAAGGACAUGGAUAAGCAUCAGCUUCAACGAGAAGCUUUGCAAAUUAAAAGUCCAAGAAUUGUGCCUAGAAUGGGAACAAGACUCGAAUAUUUAAAAUAUGUGCAAUUAUACGACAACCCAAAUUCCUUGGACCGUCAUGACACCUUACCCAAACCUGCCAGUCAACAACCAAGAACUCAAUGUGAGAAAGACGCCUCCACCACCACAAGUGCUUAUAAUACAGGGGAGAGCUGUAGAAGCACACCUCUAACUCUAGAACUGAAUCAAGGCUCAGAGGAAGGGGAUUUCAAAAACUCUAUGUUGUGCCUGGCUCCAUCAAACACUAAUGUGUCGGCAUUAAGUGACACUGAGAAACAAACACAGACUCCAUGUGGGCAGAAUGGGGGCCCAAGUGAUGACUACCAGUCCAUCGCUCCCGACCAUGAGUCAGCAACACUCCAGAAACAAAACUGUAUGGGUGAGUCCCUACAGGACCUAUACAUGCAGUAUGCUGAUGUGAUGUAUACUAACCAAGCCAAUCUUGAACACACUAUAGCCAUCCAACAGAAACUUUUCCAGCAACAGAUUGAGCAGAACCCAAUGAGAAACAGGAAAAACAUUGGACUUCCCCUGCAGCCUUCUGUCUCCAGUGCUAGCUCUGUUAGUGGACAGGGCGAGGUAAAAUCUAGAGACAGUCCAAAUGUCUCCAGAGAUAGUCCAAAUGCCACUCCUCCAGACAGCAGUGGACAGAUGGAGUGGGUCGUGAAGCGCCGACCAGAUGGAACUCGCUACAUCACACGUCGUCCAAUGAAAAGCAAGCUUCUGAAAGAGAGAGCCAAGAAAAUUUCUGAGGAAAGAUGUGGUAUGACAACUGAUGAUGAUGCGAUGAGUGAGUUGAAAUUUGGACGUUAUUGGUCAAAGGAAGAGCGUAAAAGACAAUUAGAAAAAGCACGUGAUCACAAACGAAAACGAGAAUGCAUGAUGAGAGCAAAAAUGGAAACACUUAAGGAAGCAGAGGAAAAGAAGGAAAUAAAUAUUGUAGAAUUAAGUCAUCGAAAAAUGAUGAAGCAUAAAAAUAAGAAAGUGUUAGACAAUUUUGUGACAGUUCAGGAAAUGCUGGCCCACGGGAGUCGGGUUUCUGAUGGGAAAACGUAUAACCCCCUCCUCUCUGUGACAACAGUUUGAUUUUGUUUGUGUGAUAGUGGAUGCUUGGAUUAUUGUUUUGCAUAAAUUUGCAUAAAUGUGAUAUACUGUGUAAUAUGAUGUGAUUAUUCAGAGAGAGAGUGAGAAAAGAACAAUUUCUUGUAUAAUAUAUUUAAACAUGUUUUGUGUUAUAUAUAUAUGGUGUUCCACUAAGACAAAUUUUUUUCCUGGAGUUUUUGUUUCAGCCAUGAAAAUAGCUUAUGCUACAAGAUACAAUUUGUCUUUGAUGGUAGAUGGAAGUUGUUUAUUAUUAUAGAUUGGUGGUUGCAUAUUGCAGCUGUAAAUUUAAGUGCUCUAAGUCAUGAAUAUGUAUAAUUCAUUCACAUGUGAUAUUUAAGUAGUAGUGUAUGUAGAGUUCUAUUGAUGUAUGAGAUAUUAACCAUCAGAGGUAUAAAUCAGGGAGAGAGAUUUUCCCCCUAUUCUAUUCCUAUGUUUUGUUUCCAUGUUUUACAAUAACAGUGAAAAGUGUAUUAGAAAAAUAAAUUGUCAUUACUUUGAACAGAGAUGAACCAAUGUUAAAAGUAUUCUAAUUGAUCCCACACUGUCUUAUGGAAGCAUUUCCUCUGAGUUUCCAAUUUCGUAACUAUUGAUAUAAUAUGUACCAGAAACUGUACUAAUGUCAAUUGUUAUACAGAUAGUAAGAAUUCCAUUUGUUCUGACUUACUGAUUGUUAGUCCCUGUGUAUAGUAAUAAAAUAUAAACCAUUCAUAUAAAGAGCACUGUAAGAAUUGUGUAUGUCUAAAGCAACUUAUAUCAAAACUCUUAUAUACUAGUCAAAUUGCAAAUUCACCUAAUUAUUUCCUAGUUUAUUUUGUCUGUUGUUUUAUAUCUGGUUUAAUUUUCUGAUCCAUGUGUAGAAACAGACAUCACCUGUGAUCAUGUGCUUAGUUACAAACGUUGUCAGUAGAAACUGUCGUCAUGGUAACAUUUUGACAGAUUUUGUGCUUCAUUUUCCUGAAUUCAGUGAUAUGAGAACAUGAAUAAAUUAUUGUUUUAUAUUUGUGACAAGAA